UAAUAGGAGAGCCCGCCGUACUAAUAUCGAUGUUUUAGUCUGUCCUCCUACAGUACAUUUCUUAUACAACAAAUAACCCUUCAUGCUUAGGAAGUGAAACUUUUGUAGUCUGCUGAAAAUGGAACUCGGAAUCUCGGUUUUUACUUGGGUCUUAAUAUUGUUUUGGUUUGGAGAAGGAUGCGCCAGCAAGUUACCUACAUCUCCUGGACCUCUUGGCUCUGGAAUCAGCGUGGCUGAAACAGCAACGGAUUGCUCGCAAGUGCGCCAGUUAUUUAAGAUGAAGAAGUUGGAACAGUUUCAUUUAGUUUCGGACAAUCUUACUCAAGAUAAUGAAUUAAAAAUAUGUUCGACAGCAAAUACUUGCUGUAGCCGUGAAUUAGAAAAUAGAUUUAUAACAUCUGCCGGAGAAGACUUUCGUUUGAAGAUUCAGACGACCAGUUCAUCCCUGAAAUCUUUGCUCAAAACAACAGCCAUUCAUCUUCAAGAAAACUUCAUCAGAAUGACCAGGUGGUCAGAAAACAAUACCAAGUCGCUUUUCGGCCAAGUGUACCAGAACCUGGAACCAGCAGCACAGUUUGCAGUAACCCAGCUCUACAGCGAUCUAAUGGACUUUCUUCGUGGAAAGAACGUUGACCUCGAGGUCCAACUGUCCGAUUUCUUCGCCUCUCUUUUCCCGCACAUCUACCGGCAUGGAAUCAACAGCAACGUUGGUGACUUCGGAGACGAGUUUGUUAAGUGCUUGCGGAGAGUUCACGCGGAUAUCAAACCUUUCGAUGAGAAACCUUACAGGCUGGCUCUUCAAGUGACUAGAUCCUUUCAUGAUGCGCGGACAUUUCUGCAAGCCUUGAGUCUCGGUCUAGAAGUUAUUAACACCACGGACUACAAGGACUUGGAAACAGAGUGUAACAAAGCUUUGGUCAGCAUGACCUACUGUGCUUAUUGUCAAAACUCGAUGGCUGAGAAACCUUGUACUGGCUAUUGCCUAAACGUAGCUCGUGGUUGUCUCGCGCAAGUUGCCGAACUGGACCAUCCUUGGAGUGAGUUUAUAACUGGUAUUGAGCUCAUAAUUUCUGGCAUGUUAGACUACCACAACAUCGAGAAGGUCCUCACUAUGAUGGACGCCAAGAUUUCUGAAAGCAUAAUGUAUGCAAUGGAACAUGGACCAGAGAUCACAACACAGGUUCAGCAACACUGUGAUAACCACCGACGUUCAGAACGGUCAACUCAACCAACUUUAGCGCCCCCCAGCCAAGAUUCAGCCACCCCGGCCACCACUUCGAGCAGUUUUAAGCCUACUCUGUAUCAAGACCUUAAGACUUUCGUUCAAAAAAUUGCAGAGUUCAAAGGUUAUUACGGUUAUCUGGCCGAUUCAGUGUGUGACGACCGCACGUGGGCCUCACGAGGGGAAAUGAAUUGUUGGAAUGGUUAUAACGUUGGGGAAUACAAAAAGGCUAUAGCGGGCAUUGGAAUAGGCGCACAGAAAUAUAAUCCUGAAUUUUCCACGAAAGUACAACGAGAUGUGACGAUAUCUUCCCUGGUGGAUAAACUAGUAAACAUGAGAAUGCUUCUGGAUCAUCAGAUAACCAGGACCCCAAUGGCAGAGUCGUUGAUCGUUCCAGAAACAGGAAGUGGCGAUAGCAGCACCAUCUGGAAAGAAAGCGGUAUCCAAGACGAUGAAGACUAUUAUUAUCACGGAUCUGGCAGCGGCUACUUUCGGGGUAUGUUCUAA